CUGAUAUGCUUAAACUGAAUGUAGAUGGAGCUGCAAAAGGGCUUUCUUUCUGGUGGUGGCAUGAUCUUAAGGAAUCCGGAGGGGCAUACUUAGGAGCUUGGAUUACCAGAUUUGCCAUGUGUACAAAGAGGCAAAUGCUAUGGCAGAUUUUCUGGCCAAUUAUGCAGUCCAGUUGAGGUCUUCUAUUGACCUUACAUUGGCAGAACCAUUUCCUUUGGGGGGAAGACUUGUGCUGCAGCAGGAUCAGAGUGGCCUGCCAGUAGUAAGGAAGAAGAUUUCCUUGGAAGCACUUUCCUAUGGAGCUGAUGCCCUGAUACUAUGGGUUUUGAGUGUUGAUUAUACAAAUGAUGUCAUGGCUGGGCCUCAAGUCCUCCGUCAAAUGUCAAGCAUAUAUAGGAUGGUGGGAGGAAUGUUGCGAUUUCUUUUGGCAAAUCUUCAUGAUUAG